AUGACCAUCGAGAGAGAUCAGGUCAAUGCGGAGAAGGCAACUCUGGAGCGUGCAAACGACGAGAUGGCACGUAACUUCGCCCAAGAUCUCAAGGAGAUAGACGAGCUCAGGAAGCACCGCAAGCAGGCUGCUGAUCCUGAAGCCACAGAGAGCCCUCAAGGCGAUACUGUUCGCCCUCCGAGCCCUCUGAGAUUGCAGAAAGCGUCGUCGUCGUCGCCAUCCCCAUACACUCUUGGUCUCCGUUUGGCAUCACGCAGCCCGUUUUCUCGUGACGUCAACGCUUCGGAUGACCACGUGUCCCUCCCCUCAGACGAAGAGGGCGAUCGGGAGUCAGUUGUACCCCCCAUAGAUUCGAGCUCUGAAGAAGAAAUUGAGAGCCCUACCGUCGGAAAGAUGAGACAAGAGGCAAAAGGAAAGGCCGUCGCUGCCGCCAGAGGCGCCGCCACGAAGAAGGACGACGUCAAGAACGUCAAGGUCAAGGUCAAGGCUGAGAAGAAGAAGAAGCCCUUUGACGACUCCUCAGAGAGCGAGGUCCAACUGUCGCCGAAGCGCAAGGCGAAGGCAGUUCGAUCGCCACUGAUCCUUCUGACGAUUCCUGUCGUCAUCCUCGUCGUCAUCAGACGAGACCGACUCCUCGGCAUCUUCGCCGUCAAAGAAGAAGCGCAAGGAAGCGCGCGAGAAGAAGAAGCUUGA